AUGCUCUCUGUUGCUCGCAUCUCAUAUUGCACGCUCUCUGUUGCUCGUAUCUCAUAUUGCACGCUCUCUGUUGCUCGUAUCUCAUAUUGCACGCUCUCUGUUGCUCGCAUCUCAUAUUGCACGCUCUCUGUUGCUCGCAUCUCAUAUUGCACGCUCUCUGUUGCUCGCAUCUCAUAUUGCACGCUCUCUGUUGCUCGCAUCUCAUAUUGCACGCUCUCUGUUGCUCGCAUCUCAUAUUGCACGCUCUCUGUUGCUCGCAUCUCAUAUUGCACGCUCUCUGUUGCUCGCAUCUCAUAUUGCACGCUCUCUGUUGCUCGCAUCUCAUAUUGCACGCUCUCUGUUGCUCGCAUCUCAUAUUGCACGCUCUCUGUUGCUCGCAUCUCAUAUUGCACGCUCUCUGUUGCUCGUAUCUCAUAUUGCACGCUCUCUGUUGCUCGCAUCUCCUAUUGCACGCUCUCUGUUGCUCGCAUCUCAUAUUGCACGCUCUCUGUUGCUCGCAUCUCAUAUUGCACGCUCUCUGUUGCUCGCAUCUCAUAUUGCACGCUCUCUGUUGCUCGCAUCUCAUAUUGCACGCUCUCUGUUGCUCGCAUCUCAUAUUGCACGCUCUCUGUUGCUCGCAUCUCAUAUUGCACGCUUUCUGUUGCUCGCAUCUCAUAUUGCACGCUCUCUGUUGCUCGCAUCUCAUAUUGCACGCUCUCUGUUGCUCGCAUCUCAUAUUGCACGCUCUCUGUUGCUCGCAUCUCAUAUUGCACGCUCUCUGUUGCUCGCAUCUCAUAUUGCACGCUCUCUGUUGCUCGCAUCUCAUAUUGCACGCUCUCUGUUGCUCGCAUCUCAUAUUGCACGCUCUCUGUUGCUCGCAUCUCAUAUUGCACGCUCUCUGUUGCUCGCAUCUCAUAUUGCACGCUCUCUGUUGCUCGCAUCUCAUAUUGCACGCUCUCUGUUGCUCGCAUCUCAUAUUGCACGCUCUCUGUUGCUCGCAUCUCAUAUUGCACGCUCUCUGUUGCUCGCAUCUCAUAUUGCACGCUCUCUGUUGCUCGCAUCUCAUAUUGCACGCUCUCUGUUGCUCGCAUCUCAUAUUGCACGCUCUCUGUUGCUCGCAUCUCAUAUUGCACGCUCUCUGUUGCUCGCAUCUCAUAUUGCACGCUCUCUGUUGCUCGCAUCUCAUAUUGCACGCUCUCUGUUGCUCGCAUCUCAUAUUGCACGCUCUCUGUUGCUCGCAUCUCAUAUUGCACGCUCUCUGUUGCUCGCAUCUCAUAUUGCACGCUCUCUGUUGCUCGCAUCUCAUAUUGCACGCUCUCUGUUGCUCGCAUCUCAUAUUGCACGCUCUCUGUUGCUCGUAUCUCAUAUUGCACGCUCUCUGUUGCUCGCAUCUCAUAUUGCACGCUCUCUGUUGCUCGCAUCUCAUAUUGCACGCUCUCUGUUGCUCGCAUCUCAUAUUGCACGCUCUCUGUUGCUCGCAUCUCAUAUUGCACGCUCUCUGUUGCUCGCAUCUCAUAUUGCACGCUCUCUGUUGCUCGCAUCUCAUAUUGCACGCUCUCUGUUGCUCGCAUCUCAUAUUGCACGCUCUCUGUUGCUCGCAUCUCGUAUUGCACGCUCUCUGUUGCUCGCAUCUCAUAUUGCACGCUCUCUGUUGCUCGCAUCUCAUAUUGCACGCUCUCUGUUGCUCGUAUCUCAUAUUGCACGCUCUCUGUUGCUCGCAUCUCAUAUUGCACGCUCUCUGUUGCUCGCAUCUCAUAUUGCACGCUCUCUGUUGCUCGCAUCUCAUAUUGCACGCUCUCUGUUGCUCGCAUCUCAUAUUGCACGCUCUCUGUUGCUCGCAUCUCAUAUUGCACGCUCUCUGUUGCUCGCAUCUCAUAUUGCACGCUCUCUGUUGCUCGCAUCUCAUAUUGCACGCUCUCUGUUGCUCGCAUCUCAUAUUGCAUGCUCGCUGUUGCUCGCAUCUCAUAUUGCACGCUCUCUGUUGCUCGCAUCUCAUAUUGCACGCUCUCUGUUGCUCGCAUCUCAUAUUGCACGCUCUCUCCCGUGACUCAGGAGUUCCCAGAUUCCGCCGAUCUCUUCCCGCUGCCCGCUGACCACGCUCACACGCUGGGCGAUGGGGACAUGGACAAUAACGCAUCUGCUUCUAUGGGGGAUAAGGACAAUAACGCAGCUGGAUCUAUGGGAGACAAGGACAAUAACGCAGAUGCUUCUAUGGAGGACACGGGCAACAAUACAGCUGCUUCUACUGGGAAUGAGGAGGAUGCUGCUGAGCAGAAUGGGGGCGAGGAGGGGAAGGUGGUUAAGGACAGUGGUGAAGCAGAUUCUAAUGGGAACGUGGGAUUUGCAGAGAAACAGGGCAAUGCAGCAGCUGGUAACGGGGAAGAGGGCGGUGGGGCAGGCGAAGAGGGGGCUAGAGAGGGACACGUGGGAAGGGAAGGCGAGGGAGGGGUGGGGGAAGUGAGAGAUGGGGGGCGAGAGGCCACGCGAAUGGAAAAGGAGCUAAGUAAUGAGUGUGCUCGAGUGGGUGGGGGUGGAGAGGAAGUGGGCCCGAGGGAGGAGAUGAGUGGAGGGAAGGAAGGGGAGGGGGGCGAUGGAACAGAGAUGCGGAGUGGAGAGGUGCGGGCAUCAAGCAUGGAGAUGGAAAGAGGAGGUGAAGGUGACAGUGGCCGACAGAUGGGACACGAGGCAGGGAGGGUUGAGGAAGGAGGGGCAGGGGUAGGGGAGGGAGAGGAGGAAGAGGCAGAUGGGGAGGAGGAGGGCGGAGGGGGAGUGGAGCUGGCUGUGGGAGACAAGGAGGGGCAGGAGGGAGGCGAGAGGAAGGAGACGGAGGAUGGAAGGGAGGUGACUGAGGUGGAAGGGACAGAACGGACUGAGGGGAGGAAGCAGGCGGAGGAAGUGAGGGAGGAGUCGGAGGAGGUGAGGGGGCGGAGAAGAGAAGCCACUGAGGAGGAGGAAGAGGGGGGCGCAGUGCAAGCUGAGGCCUUGGCUCAGUACGGCAGCCUUGACUCAAAACCUGGAGCUCACCUUCAAGGGGAAGAAGAAGCAGGCAGCCCUGUGAUCCAGGAGGUGGAGGAGGAGAAGGAACGCGAGCAGGCGAGCAGGGAUGCUGAGGGGAAGGAGGAUGGGCAGGGGGGAGGAAAUGAUGUGGAGGAUGGGCAGGGAGGAGGGGACGAUGUGGAGAUGGCAGAUGGGGCUGUGAAGCCAACGUUUGAGGCGUGGCUGCCUGGGGAUGGGGCGGAGGAGGGCUCGUAUGAGACGCAACAGACAAAGGACGUGAGGCAUGUGGGCGCGGAUGACUCUGCUGCAGCCCUUGCGGAUGUGUCUGGAGCUCCCUCCGAUGUCCCCAUGGCUUUGGAUGGUGAUGCAGGCAAAGAAGGGGAGGUGGAGGGAGCGAUGGAGGUGGAGGGAGAAAAGGAGGUGGAGGGAGAGGGAGAGGAGGAGGUGCAGGGAGAAGGGGAGGUGGGGAAUGCGACAGCAAAAGAACGUGGGCAGGAGGUGGAGGAGAAGAGGAGGGCGGAGAGGGUGGGGGGUAUAAGUUCAGUCUACGGCACUUUCACUCGCUUUGCCAAGAGCCUCUUUUCUGGUGGCUCCAGUGUCGACGCUGGGGGUGGCAUUGGUGGUGGCAAGGGCGACAGUGGUGGUGGUGGUGGUGCAGGUGGCCAUGAAUCACAGGAAGACAGAGGAGAGAGGGACGGGGAUGUUCCUGCUGCUGCUGCUGCUGCUGCUGCUGCUGCUGCUGCUGCCUCCACAGGGGCUGAUGUUGCUACAGCCACUGCUGAUACUGCUGCUACUGCUGCUACUACUGCUGCUACUACUGCUACUACUGCUGAAGCUGUUGCUGUUGCUGACGAGGAGACGCAGGACGCAGAGGGGUUGGUGCUAGUGCCAGAGGAAGAGGAAUCGCGUAAGGCACAGGAGGAGGACGUGCAGUGGAGAGAGGCAUAUGACAGCCAGGAGACACAUGGAGAUGAAGUGCAGGAGACGUCUGUUGAGAAGCUGACUUCUGAGUUGACUCAAAAGUCAGAGGGGAUGGCGCUCGGGGAAGAGGAGGCGGAAUUGCUGAGGACACAGGAGGAGAAAAACGUGCAGUGGACAGAGGCAUAUGACACCCAGGAGACACAUGGAGCUGAAGUGCAGGAGAUUUCUGUUGAUAGAUCCCAAGAUACGGCUGCAACAACAGGGCAUUAUGAAGAGUCUCCUGCAGCAUCCGAGCAUUCUCAAAAAUCGCCCGCAGCAACCCAGGAGAGAGAUGGCGUUGCAGCCCAGGAGAUGCAGGAGGAGGAGGAAGGGCAUGAGGAGCAGGCAGAGGAGGCAAACGAGGCGGACACAGAACAAGGGAAUGAGGCGGGCUCAGAGGAAGCGGAGGUGGUGGUUGGUGUGGGAGGGGUUCCAGAGAUAGCUGAGGGGGAGCGGGAGAAGGAGAAGGAGGAGGAGGAGGGAGUGGAGGCGGAUGAGGAAGGGGAGAGGUUGUUGGUGGGCCGUGAGCGUGGGGUGGAUCUAGGAGGAGGGGGGGGGGAGAGAAGUGCAGGUGAGGAGGAGGAGACGGAUUUAGUGGUGGAGGUGGGGGGGACGGGAGGGGGAGUGAGAAUGGAUGUGGGGGGGAUGGGAGGUGGGGCAACAGGGGUGGUGGGUGGGGGGGAACAAGAGGUAGCCAGAGUAGCAGUUGAGGGGGGAUGGGUGAGAGAGCAGGUAGGAGUAAUUGGGAAGAGGCGGAGGGAAGAGAAGGGCGCAGGGGAGGACAGGCAGACAGGAAAGACAGGCUUGCCUGUCCUUGGCCGUGGUAGUGGCAGUGCACGUGGCGGCGAGGGGAGCUCUUUUGAGGUACGUGAGAAGCAGGGGGGCGUGGCUGGUGCUGGCAGUGGUGCCCGUGCGGGGAGUGAGACGCAGUACGAGGCGGUGGUUCCUGAAGACAGGACGGAAGCAAGGGGCGGAGAGGGAGCACAAGGAGUGACAGAAUCUGAGGAGCGGGGGACAAGGGGAGGGAAGAACAGAGGAACAGGAGAGGCUGGAGCGAAGGAGGCAGGAAAAAGAGCAUCGGCUGCGAAAGGUUCAGCGGCUUUACAGCGCAGCAAGCAAAUCUCAAAGAUUGACAUGUCAGCGAGAGUGGCAGUGGAUGUGCCGGGAGUAACCGCUGCAGCUGCUGACACGAUCGCCGAGGCACUAGCUUCCAAAAUGGCCGGCGAGGUGGCAGCAGCCAUUGCUGCAGGGCUUGAUGGAUCCAACAAAAGGCCAGGUUCUGCCGUCCAGGAUCAGAGCAGGGUGAAGGAAAAGAACAGGAGGCACAGUCAGGAGAAGGAUGGGAAGGAUGGGAGUUAUGGGAAGGACGUUCCCAAGGAUGGAGAUGUACUCUUCAGGUCGUCCCGAUGCGCAGUGGUGCCGGGAUUGGGUGAGGGCUCAGUGGCGGAAGAGCUGGAGUUUGAAGUGGUGGUGGUUGGGCGGAGGAGGAAGAGCACUGGGAGCCCUGCUGACACACCCACAGCAACUCCAGGGGAAGGCAUGGGCUGUGCUGAUGAUGCUGAGGAGGGUGGUUUACAGGAAAGGCCGCAGGUUGCAAGUGAGGGAAGAAAGCGAGCACGUGGGCUGAAGCAUGAAGGGAGGAGUAGGCGCAAGGAAGGGACGACUGAGGAACCAGCGUUAGGUGAACCAGUGUCAGGAGGUGGCGCCAUGGAUACCAGGAGAGCCUCCACUGGUGGUUCCAAGGCUAGAGUUUCGCCUGUCACGCCAAAUGUUCCAGUUGCCAGCUCUGCUCCUGCUUCUGCGCCUCCACCAAUCAGGAAGAAGUGGUGGCAGCAUUUGUACGAAUCACCUGAUGGUCGAGGAACGGGCAGGCGGGAUAGCACAGGAGCGGUGUCUCGGAUGAAUGAUGCUCCAGAGAUUGAUCCAUCGUGGGACCUUUUAGAUGUAUUGAUGAAUGCAGGGGUAUCCCUACCACUGCCAUCACGAAGGAAUCGGCAACGCACACAGUUUUGA